GCUGCACAGCUUAGAGCUGAGGUUAUCUGUGUAACCAAUAAAGAAAACAAAGAUAAAUCUGCUCAGUGAGAACUUCCCAUUUUAUUUUCAUACAUGUUUAAUAUUCAGGUUCUUCUUCUUUCUCUUCUUCUUUUGAAACUUUUCAGGCGUUAUCACUCAACCACAAUGUACUUCGAGUGCACCGCAGGGUCAUGCAUAUCAGACGACACAUGGUCCGAGCAGGAAAUGAUACGAGCAGAGGCAGAGGAAGAAGUCUCUGUGAGAGGUGACUGCUCUCAGUUCAGCUCUGCCUGUUCAGUGAUGAGUCUGGCUGCUCGGCAGAUAAACUGCGUUAACUCAUUAGAGGGGACGUGGCUGUUUUUAUCCUGUAUCAUCACGGCAGCGAUGGGAUCCUGGUUUCUGAUCCUUCUUCAGAGCUUCCUCCUCUUUCUUCUGUCUGUCCUGCUUCAUUCUAACCCCUCGCUGGCUUACGCACUGAAAAACUGCACCAUAUCUUAUUCUCACAACAGGACUGAAGUUUGGGUCGAAUGCAUCCAUCGUUUCCUCACCGCCAUUCCUGACGACAUUCCCCACAAUGCAAUAUCUCUAGAUCUUAAAUCCAAUCAGAUUUUAAGAAUCAACAGAAGAGAGCUCAGCGGUUUAUCGGAGCUCAGAUAUUUAAACCUUAAUGAAAACAAAAUUUCUCGUAUAGAAGAUGGAGCUUUUGCCGACUUGGUGCAGUUAAGGAACCUCGACGUAGACUUGAACAACCUGACAAGCGUGACAGAUAACAUGUUUCAGGGACUGUCCAAAUUAGUUCAUCUGUCUCUGUACCUCAACCAAAUCACGUCCAUAUCCCCACUGGCCUUUCAGCCCCUCAUAAGCUUACAGAGACUGAUACUGAGGUUUAAUAACCUGUAUCAAAUUUCUCACAUUGCUCCAGUUUUUCGACUCCCAAAGUUAUACGAGCUGGACCUCGCACAAAACAACUUCACGUCUUUUCAGUCAGACGACCUCCCUGUUAACGCCUCCAACCUCAGGACACUGAAUUUAAAUACAAAUCAACUGAGAAAGUUCAGCCUUACGAGAGACGUCUUUCCCCAUCUUGAGUCUUUUCACUUGCCUGAAUGCAGCGGUGACUUUGAGUGGGGUAUAUCCAACAAGACUUUUCUGCGGAGCGUUAAACAUUUAUACUUGAGUGAGACAACUGUAAGUUUUGAGAUCUACAGUAUGAUGCUGCAGAGUGUGGACUCAGUGGAGUAUUUAUCUCUGGCCUUUAUGAAGACGUUGCUAAAUGAAGGUUUGGUAAACAUCGCCUGCCAGCGCCCGGCUCUGACAACACUCAGUUUGAGUUAUAACUUUGUUGGAAGCAUAAAUGAGACACUGCUGCAGCGUUGCUCUGGAGUUACUGAUCUGGAUUUAGCAGCUAAUGUUCUGACUGAGCUGCCUGAGGUUUCAUUCAGAUCAAUGAAGCAACUCCGACGUCUGGCGUUAAACCAAAAUCGUCUGACCAGAGUGCCGCUUGCCAUCCGAGGCCUUUCUACACUUGAAAUCCUUAAGCUGAGUGACAACUUUAUCCCUGAGUUAGGCUGCUCUGACUUCCAGGCUUUGACAGGAUUAAGAGAACUUUACCUUAACCACAAUCGCAUUGGAAUACUCAGAGGAUGUGUUUUUCAAGAUUUGAAUGACUUGAAAAUAUUGCACAUUGGACACAACGCGAUUAAUAUCUUUGAUGAUACCUUCAAAGUCAGUUUGCAGAACCUGCAGGUUUUGAAUCUGCACUCUAAUGAUUUCAACAAGCUCAGUAAAGGUGACUUUGGGAAUCUGUCUUCCCUCAGGUAUUUAGAUGUAGAAUCAGACACUUUUUAUGUUGCCUCUGACGGGGUUUUCGAAGGACUCGACAAUCUCCAAACUCUAAGUGUUUCACCAUCCUCUUACAGGGAGGGACUCUUCACUGGACUCUGUCACUUAGAAAAUCUCAUGGUACAUCAACGUUCUGACCAAAGCAGCAUCGUGUCUGAGCAAAAUGAUGAGCCGCCUUUCUCUAGUUUACCUUUCUUAAAGCGGCUCAUGAUUAAGAAUUAUAAUAAAUAUUUGUGUGAGAUCUCCAAAAGCCUGCUCAGAGGUCUUCAUUCUUUGGAGCUGUUUUCAGCCCAGCAGCUCUUCAUUGAGGCACCUCACCCAGACACGUUUACAAACACUCCUCACCUGAAGAACCUACAAAUAAUUCAAAGUAAUCUUGAAGGGUUAAAACCUGAACUGUUCCGACCAAUCCCAAACCUGCAGGGUCUCGAUCUGUCCAGAAACCAGCUCAGGUGUUUGGAUUUUCUGACCCAGGCCAACCUGUCUGCUGUCAGGUGGAUGACACUGAGCCACAAUGAGUUGACAGUGAUCAAUGAGACGGUCUUCCAGUUCCUCCCUGCACUAACAUAUCUGGACCUGUCUGGUAACCCUUUCACCUGUGACUGCUCUAACACUGGCUUCAUCCAGUGGGUGAAGAACAACAAACAAACACAGGUUGUUAAUGCCUACCAGUACGUCUGUUCCUUUCCUCUGAGUAAACAAGGAACCAAGUUGCUGGACUUUGACAUCCAGUCCUGUUGGAUGGACGUCGGCUUCCUCUGCUUCAUCUCCAGCUCUUGUCUGGUCGUUCUAACUCUGCUCUCGUCCUUCAUCUACCACUUUCUGAGAUGGCAGCUAGUCUACGCCUUCCACCUCUUCCUGGCCUUCCUCUACGACAGCAGGAGGAGGAGGAAGGGAGUUCCUCAUCACUACGACGCCUUCAUCUCCUACAACGUUCACGACGAGGCCUGGGUUUUCAGUCAGAUGCUGCCGGUGCUGGAGGGAGAGCAGGGCUGGAGGCUCUGUCUGCACCACAGAGACUUCCAACCAGGUAAACCCAUCAUCGAGAACAUUACAGACGCCAUCUAUGGCAGCAGGAAGACCAUCUGUGUGAUCAGCCGCCGCUACCUGCAGAGCGAGUGGUGCUCCAGAGAGAUCCAGAUGGCCAGCUUCCGUCUGUUUGACGAGCAGAAGGACGUGUUGAUCCUGCUGUUCCUGGAGGAGAUCCCGACCCGGCAGCUGUCUCCAUACUACCGCAUGAGGAAGCUGGUGAAGAGACGCACCUACCUGAGCUGGCCUCAGGCCGGCCGACACACAGGAGUCUUCUGGCAGAACGUACAGAGAGCUCUGGAGACGGGAGACACUCCCACCGAGACCUCAGACCUCCUGACUGGACCUGCAGGACACUGAGAGACCACAGGUACAACAGAGAGAAUCAGCUGAGCCUGGAUCAUCAGGACCAGACACAAUCAGACAAUUUACUUAAACAUGUUCGCUAUAAAUUCUCAAACCGCCUUUACUUACAUCAGGUGCAGAAAGUGCCACAGUCCAGCAAAUCCUGAAGAGCCUUUUACAGGUUGAGAGUAUUGUCAUCAGAAGUCAUUAAAAUAAACGUUACAAUCUGCUAAACUUUUUACCUAGAUUUAGUCCUGUUUUUAAAAAAACAAUCUGCUGCUGCAUCAGCUCUGUUUUACUUUAAAUCUAAAAGCAGCAGUGUGAAGGAUUUAGAGCCAUCUAGUGUUGAGAACACAGGACGGCAGCCGAACUCUCACUCUCUGAGUGUGUUAGAGUCUACGGUGGCCGGGUGAUAAAAUGGUGUCAUCUUCUGCAUCAGCCACUCUGUCAAAGAAAACUAAAUAUUUCAUUUAUGUUAUUUACCUUGUUUAUGUGAGCAGCCAUCUUGAAUUCUUAUGUCGAAGUUGGUGGGGUUGCUCCGACUUAAAGGGGCGUUCAGGUUCAGACUUCUGACUAGGAUCCCGGAAAUUCCAACUUCAGAGUACAACUAGAACACACCAUACCUCCUUUCCUGCUGUUUUCAUGGAGCAGCAGAGGAGACAUGUUGACAACUCGUGUUCAGAGCAAGAAAAGCUCCCGCAAGUGUUUUUAUGUGUCUUUGAAAUCAAAGAUGGACAGAACAUUUCUGCCAACAGAUCCCGGUAAAUGUUAUACACUGGACCUUUAAAUCCUCAUGUUUACUAGAGAUGUAGCUUCUGUUUCUACUGUUACUGCAUCAUGUGUUUCAGUUUGUAUUAAAUGCUGCUUUUCCUCAGAUGACAGUGACAGAAAUGAUGAAGCCUGAUGAUCAGAAGCUGAUUCCUGUCAUGUUUAAUGAUCAGACAGAAAACCUCAGGUUAAAGUCGAUUUAUUCUAUCACAGGAAGAACUGUAAGGCUAAAAGCAGCUAAUCUUUUCAUUAUGAAUGAAGUCUGACAGUUACCUCCUUUAAUAGAACAGGAAAUAUUCACACUGACAACAGGUCAAUUUUUAACAUUUGUCCUUUAAAAGAAAAGAAAAAGCUCAUCACCUUUGUCGUCGUGGCUCUGAUCGUCAUCACAUGUGAGUAAUCAUCUUUACCGGACUCAUUCUGGAAAAUACUGUGUCUUCUUGUUUUUUACAUUCACAGUAAAUGUCACUGGUCUUUUCCUCCUCAGGAGCAGUGAACACACCACACAGUGAAACAGGAAGUGAGGACGUUCUCCACCACACAUCUGGAGCAGGAGGAAGCAGACGUGUUGGUGGAUGAAGCCAUCAGAGAAGUGGAUUGUGAAACAUUUGAAUCUGCAGCCCCAGGAAAGAACGGAGCAUUAGAUAUUGCAGCAGUGAUGACAGAGGUCAGUUCAAUUUUAUCUGGAUUGAAGCAGUUGAAUGUGAGCUGUUUACUCAGUGUGUCUGAGUUACAUUGAUGAUCAAGGACAAUUCAACAAAUCAGUAAUGAUUGAUACACAAACCCACCAGUGUUAUGAAAUCCUACAACCACAGCAACUUUGGAAUCCCCUUUGGACUGAGGCACACGGGCUGAGAGAUGUUUCUUACCCAACUCUGCGCAAAUGAAGUCCCUUCUAUGUAAAUAAUGGAAAAACCCAGAAGCGUGUAUAAAGGCUGAGUGAGGUUCCGUCGUCGUUACUUUCGUGCAGUGUUUUCGUCCUCAGUUGAUCGUCUGGAGCUGAGCGGCUGUAGCAUCAUGAAUCUGUGGUUCGGUCACUUCCUGUUCGCGGCAUUGUUUCUGUGCAGCUCGGCUCUGACGCCUGAAGAAUGCAAA